ACGAUCAAUUCCAAUCCAUUUGUGAGUUGACGCUUCAGACAAGGAAACACAAGUGGGAUAUCUCUUCUUUAUCUGGGUGCCAUGUUCACUUUUUUCAACCAGUACAAAUGGCCUAUAGGAAUUACAAGUUCAUUGGUAUUGCUUGGGACUUGCUGUUACCAUUGGCGUGCAAAAAUACUUUCUGCCUACCUUUCUUUCACUUUGGGUGUUCCUGUUAGGGUCCAACAAUGUUAUUUCGGAAAAGCUUCGUUAAGGUUUUUGGACGUAAAAGUGAUUGCUGAACAGGAUUCUUCUGUUAUUCCCUCAGAAGCUUUGUACAUUCCAGAGUUACGCAUCCAUAUCCAACAACAACGCCCUUCAGGAAACCACCGUCUACUCCAUCUUGUACUCGUCAAACCUCAAGUCAAUCUUAUUUUUCAAAAUAUGCAAAUGACAGAUAAUAAUUGGCGUAGAUUAGCAAGGCUAUCCAAAACAAAGGGACACUUGAAGAGUGGUUCCAAGCAGGGUCCAAGUAUUCAGUUGGGAAGAGUCUUUUUGGAAAAAGGCGCUACACUAUCUGUUCAAAGUUUUCCUUUACAACAAAAGUUGAUGGAAGAUAUAAACUUGCAAGAAAUGUAUCUCGAUAGGGAAGAGUUUCGUUCUUUUGAUGGCUUUGUUGGAUUUUUGGAAAGAAUUAGUGCCAAAAAUAUAUUGGAAGGAAAUACAUUGACUAUGCCUCCAGCAGUUCGACAAGCUUUAAAAGACUAUGCAAGUGAUGUUGUAAAGCAGCGUUGGAAUUCCACCAAAGACAAGUUGAAUGAAAAGGUAGAUAAAUGGAGUAAAAAGUUGGAAGAAACCACAAAGUCUUUUGAUGAAAUAUGGCAACAUCAUUCCAAUACAUGGAAGGUAAAUAUGAUUUCUUACAUCUUUUGAUAAAAGCUGCCAAUUGAGUAUGU